GCCAACAAUCAUAAUUAUAUUCAUCAUGAACUACAUCGAUCGUGUCGCGAUAACAUCUGCUAGACUGAAGGGUCUAGAGACAGACCUUGGAUUGACUGACAUCCAGUACAACACAGUCGUUGCAAUCUUAUAUGCCUCUUAUUGUCCAGCACAGAUCCCGUCCAACAUGCUUCUCAAUUAUGUAACCAGACUGUCCUUCUACAUUGGUACUUGUGUAGUGCUAUGGGGACUAACAAGUGCUCUGACUGGGGUGACGCACAACUUCACCAGCAUCAUCGCCUGUCAGAUAUUCAUUGGUCUACCAGAGGUGGCUUUUUAUCCGGGUGCCAUGUAUCUACUUUCUUGAUGGUACACUCGAAAGGUA